AUGGAGCCAAGGUUGAAGCUGUCCAAGCAGAGAUCCAAUCCACCGGUCGAUGUCAUGCUCUACCGCAACAUCGUCGGUAGCCUGCGUUACCUGGUACAAACGAGGCCCGACAUCAGCUUCGCCAUCGGCAUGGUGAGCCGCUUCAUGGAGGCGCCCACCACUGAGCACAUGAGUGCUGUCAAGCACCAACUCCGCUACGUCUCUGGGACGAUGGACAUUGGCUGCUCAUACACCUCAGCACCGGGUGGAGCUCAUCUGAUCGACUACAGCGAUGCAGACUUGGCCGGCGACAUCGAUGAUAGAAAGAGUACCGCAGGCACACUUUUCUUCUUCGCUGAUUGUUUGGUGUCUUGGCAGAGCCAGAAGCAGAGGGUUGUGGCGCUGUCAUCCUGCGAGUCUGAAUACAUUGCAGCAGCAACCGCAGCUUGUCAGGGAGUCUGGCUAGGGUUUUUGCUCGGUAAUCUGCUAGGAACUGAUCCUCUGGUUGCCGAUCUACACGUGGACAACAAGUCCACCAUUCAACUCAUCAAGAACCCAGUGUUCCACGACAGCAUCAAGCAUAUUGAAGUGCGGUACCACAACAUCAGGAACUGCGCUGAGAAUGGCACCAUCGUGGUUCAGUUUGUUGGCACUGAAGAUCAGCUCGCAGAUAUCCUUACAAAGGCUCUGGGCCGAGUGCGUCUCCAGAUGCUCCGUGAGAAGAUCAAGGUCGUCAAGGUUUAG